CUCUUCUGACUUCGUGGCUCAUUGAAUCGAAUAGGUCCCAUUUAUUUGGUCAAUAUCGCCAAGCCGCCGUAGGAGGAAAUGUCUCCAUUAAUAGCGACACUUGUAGGCCUGCUACUGCUCAGUGGGGACGUUUGUGGGAAAACUGUGACGGGAGUUUUCCGGAGCGACGCGGCGCGGCAGCAGCGCGGCCAGUUCAUCACUAAAUUCAUGUACCAAGGUGAGAGCGGCGUGAUAGUGUGCCGCUUGGACAACCCGGCCCUGGCUGUGGAGAAGGAGUCCCGCCUGCUGGUGUAUCAGGAUAUGGACUCAGACCUGGACAACCUGAGCUGCUCCGACCGGCUCGGCAGAGCCCGCUUCACCAUUCCUCUCAGUGAGGAAGAGCACAACAGGACGAUCCCUCGUCGGCAGGCCCCCACGGCCUGGCAGGUCUUGUACGCGGACAGAUACACCUGUCAGGAAAGUGCAGUGAUUCCGUCUAUUGGCGAUCUCAGCUUCACCGUCCUGCUGUUUAAUGCCGACUCCGCUGGAAACCCUCUGGAGCACUUUAGUGCAGAGGAGGCAGGUCUACACAGCUUCUACUUCCUCCUGCUGCUGGCCUACUUCAUAUCCUGCUGCAUCUACGUGCAGCCUCUGCUCCAGGCUCUGAGGAAGGGCGGUCCCAUGCACACCGUCCUCAAAGUGCUGACCACCGUGCUGGCUCUGCAGCUCUGCUCCGCCCUCUGCAACUACAUCCACCUGGGCAGGUUUUCCAGAGACGGUACUGGUCUCCCACUGAUGGGCAGCCUGGCCGAGCUCUUGGACAUGGUGUCCCAGGUGUCCAUGCUGUACCUGCUGCUGAGUCUGUGCAUGGGCUGGACCCUGAGCCGGGGCCGGAAGCCUCAGUCCCGGCCCCUGCAGUGGGAGCAGUCUCCCGCCUCCACGGCGGUGGCGGUGGGCGGAGUCGUGACACAGGGCGUGCUGCUGCUGUGGGAGCAGUACUCGGUGUUGGAGAGUGAGCAUCGCAGCUACCACGCCCAGCAGAGUCUGGCAGGUCUUCUCCUCAUAGCUCUCCGAGUGUCCCUGGCCGUCCUGCUGGCCUCCGUCCUCUACCAGAUCAUCUCCACGGAGCGGAGCACCUUGAAGAGAGACUUCUACCUCUGCUUUGCCAAGGGCUGCUUCCUGUGGUUCCUCUGUCACCCCGUCCUCGUCCUCCUGUCUGCGAUCUUCAACGAGCACCAGAGGGAGAAGGUGGUGACAAUCGGUGUGAUCAUCUGCCAGUCCAUCUCCAUGGUGAUCCUCUACCAGCUCUUCCUGUCUCGCUCUCUCUACUGGGAGGUGUCGUCCCUCUCCUCCGUGUCCCUCCCGCUCACCAUGUCCAGGGCGAACCACAGGGGGCACUACUGAGCAGGGAGCACCACGGUUACCAAGAGGGAGCGAGUGAACCGAACUUCCCGCUGCGUCAGCGUGAGGACGAUUAGACGCUGCUCCAACUCUGCAGGAACCACUUGAAAGCAGGUUGGGAGAACAACCAGACGAUCACAUUCACUGCAACGCUCUACCUCUCAUAUCUGACUGCAGCCGGCGCCGGGAUCGCGGCGCAGGGAGGAAGGCAGUCACUUCAAGACCACUUUGGGGUUUCCUUCAGCUCCUGGUGGCACGCUGGAUGUGAAAUUCACACGAGGACAAAAAUGCAUGAGCUGGUGAGCAAAGCAGCAAAGAUGUAGAGGCCGAGGGACAAGGCAGGAUGUAUAAAAUCCAGCCUGAGAUCAGGAUCAAGGACAGGAUGGAUUCAGGGAUGCAGCUACGAGUCGUCUGCUGGCACAACACACAACAAAAGCAUGCUUGAAUUCAACCUGUUCAGCUCACAAACCUCUGAAUCUGCCAGAGAUAUUAGGUACGAAGGAAGAAAAAGCUUUAUUCAGCCUGAGGAAUAACAGUGAGUUUAACUUACUGUCAACAUAAAAUACCAAAACCAAGAGCCACUUUUAGGAUGAACUGAAACGAUUAGGAAAAACGACUGACCGCUGGAAGCUUUGGACUGAACACGGAGAGAUGCAGCAUGAGCUCUUAAAGAAACAGAGACGGGUUUACUUUCCAGUCGCCAGAGGGAUAUUUUUGUAGUUAAAAUGAUUCCCUGCACACCCCAUACAGGUUAAAUCUUCCUUUCAUGGUCGGCAAAGUUAUGAACUGACAGCAUGGGAGACCAGAGAAAACCUUUACCUGUUUGUAGCUGCGACACUGCAUGACUUCAGCUAUUUUCUGUUUUUUUAUAUUUAAUAAAAUGGGCAGAUCAGGAGAACUCAUACCGAACUUAAAAGCUUUUCCCAGUGGUGGAUUCCCAUCUCCACUUACAAUUUUUUUAAUACCAUUAGUGCCAUUAGUAAGGCAAAUUAAAAAAGACUCGUUUAAGGGCCCAGUGAGGCCUAAACUGUGAAUUCCCGUACGUCCUUGUAGACCAGUUCUGUGAGUAGUCCAGAGAAAACAGAGUAGAAGCUGCUGCUGCUCGUGAAGGAGAAGGUUUUAUCAGCUUGUUUUAGAUAUUUGGUAUCUCAGUCAUCUCAUUAAUGGAAAAAAAGGACAAUUAUUGACUUACACACCUGCUAGAUUUUCUCCUCCUCCUUCGGCUUUUUCUCCCGUCGCCGGAUCGUUGGAGUCCACAUAUGGACAUGGUGUAGGCACAUCCUUCCCCCCUUAUCCGGACUUGGGACUGGCCGGGGCAAUGCUGGGUUUAUUGUCCUGCCCAGAGACACUUUGGCACAUACCGACGGCCCGUUACGCUCCACCCCCACGUUUGUAGAAUCAGAAAUCCUGCUCUCUGUUUAAGUGGAGAACAUGUCCUGUCAUCUGAUGCACUUUGUUUGUCUGCACUGUGCCAUCUCCAGCCGUCACCUCGGUUACGUUACGCUUGAAUAUACAGCUUUUGUGGGGGAUUUAUUUAUCACAUAAUGUUCAAGCAGACUUAUUUUAGCUUUUGUUGGUUGGUUUGCACUGAAACAGUGCAUGUGCCAAUUAUUGUGUUCUGUAUUAUUUUUAAAUUUGUUCGUACAAUGACAAUCUUGUAUUGUGAACACUGUUUUUAACACGACGUAGUUCAUCUUUAAAGCUACUCUACGGACUAAUACCACGUCUGACCACAAGGGGGCAGAUGAAUCAGCUGUGGUGACAGAAGAGUCACUGAAACUACUGUGGUAUUGGUACUGUGGUAUUGCUGUGGUACGGUCUUUUGUCCCACUGGACAAGCGCUUUGUCUUUUCCAGGGGGCUCUAGUGUGAGCUUUCAUGUGAUAUUCUGCCACCAUGUGGUCAGAUUUGAUAUUGCUACGUGGAGGAGCUUUAAAAUUUAGAGUCGUGUUAUAAUUCAAGUACAUUAUUGUUUCAGAUGGGUUCAAGUUUUAUAUUUAUAUUUCCAUAUAUUACUUUUUUUAUGUGGCCUGUGGAAACAUGGUACCUCUGAUCAUGCCAACUGUUUAAUAAAACACAUUUCAAAUAAAAGUGUCUUUAAAGCAGCACUAUGUAACUUUUCCACCUUAAUCUCAUAUUUCCAGAGUCAUUGUGAUGGUACAUCAACUUCCAACAGGUUUAAUGAACCUCUGUCAUGGUCUGAGGGGUCUGUAUCGCCUUCACUGGCACUAUGUAACUUUGAGGAGCAUGGUAGGAACCCUGCCACACUAAAAAAACACAUUUUUACGGCUUUGACUGCUUUACGGCAUACGUCAC